UUAAAAUCGCGGCAGACGUGCAACGCACCACUCGAGAAUCGUUCCAAGUAUACGCUAUACCUAAAGUGUGUUUCCAGCAAGACAUUUUUUUUAUUAUUUCACCAAUAAAUCAGAGCUUUUACGCAUACAAAUCUCGGUGCUUCGUACUUCGCGCGUCGUAGUUCGGCUUAAUAACGCAAAUUUAGUUUUUCUUAAUUCCAUAUAUUUUUCUCCCGUGUGCCUUAAAGCAGUGAAAAGCGGCCGCCAAGAUGGUUGUCAACUUUAAGGUCUUUAAAAAGGUCUCACCCAACAACAUGAUCACCUUGUAUAUGAACAAGCGUGAAUUCGUGGACUCGAUAACGGUUGUGGAGCCAGUUGAUGGCAUCAUCGUACUGGACGAAGAGUAUGUGCGACAAAAUCGCAAAAUUUACGUGCAACUCAUUUGCAACUUCCGUUAUGGACGUGAAGAUGACGAGAUGAUCGGUUUACGCUUUCAAAAGGAAUUGACACUUGUCUCCCAGCAAGUGCAUCCGCAGCAGAAGAAGGAUAUACAGCUGACCAAAAUGCAAGAACGCCUCUUAAAGAAACUCGGCUCGAAUGCUUUCCCAUUCGUGAUGGAAUUACCACCCAGCUCACCAGCUUCUGUGGUAUUACAGCAGAAGGCCAACGACGAGACACAACCUUGUGGCGUACAAUAUUUCGUUAAAGUUUUCACCGGUGAUAGUGAUUGUGAUCGCUCUCAUCGUCGUAGCACCAUCAAUUUGGGUAUACGCAAGGUACAGUAUGCACCCAAUAAGCAAGGCAUACAGCCUUGCACUGUGGUACGUAAGGAUUUUCUACUCUCACCCGGUGAGCUGGAGCUGGAGGUCACUUUGGACAAGCAACUCUAUCAUCAUACCGAGAAGAUUGCUGUGAAUAUUUGUGUGCGUAAUAAUUCGAAUAAGGUGGUGAAGAAGAUCAAGACUAUGGUGCAGCAGGGUGUGGAUGUGGUACUUUUCCAGAAUGGACAGUUUCGCAAUACGAUUGCCUUUGUGGAGACUAGUGAAGGUUGUCCAUUAAAUCCGGGCUCUAGUUUGCAGAAAGUUAUGUAUUUGGUGCCGACUUUAGUGGCAAAUUGUGAUCGUGCUGGUAUCGCCGUUGAGGGUGAUGUGAAGCGCAAGGAGACCUCACUGGCAUCUACAACAUUAAUUGCUAGCCAGGAUACACGCGAUGCUUUUGGCAUUAUUGUUUCAUACGCUGUUAAGGUCAAGCUGUUCUUGGGCGCUUUGGGUGGCGAACUAUGUGCUGAGUUGCCGUUUAUCCUAAUGCAUCCAAAGCCCAGCCGCAAAGCUCAGGAAGCCGCGGAAGCAGAGGCGGAAGCCUGAGGACCCAACUCAAUGACAAAUACUACUAAUUACCAAAUGAUGAAAAAGAGUUUUUGAUGAUGUUGCUAUUUAAUUAUACUCAACAACUUAUUUAUAUAAAAUGCAUUAUUUACCUACACAGUUGCAUUUGCACAUACUUACAAUAUACAUAUAUAUAUAUAUAUGUAAUAUUUUAAAUUAAACGGAGGAGAAGAGGAAUCUUUAUGCUUGUUAAUUUUUAUUAUCUCUACCGUUGGUUAGCUGCAAUUAGUAUAUUUGUAUGUAUGUAUGCAAUAUAGUGCCUAAGUAUUGCCUUAAUAAAAAACAAAAACAGAUAAACCUAAACGAAUUAUUAUGUCGCUAUUUUCGAAAAUAUUUAUUUGUGGACACUUAAAGGGGAUUGUAAAAGAAUUAAAAGCUUGUAGACAAGAAAUAUGUAAUAGAGAAAAUAAAUAAAAAGAUGAAAAAAUAGUUUUAA